AUGGUUGGCAAUAUUCGGACCAUCGCUAUUCCUGAGACAUACGUCAAUGCAAUCGAUAGCCCUGUCCGCAUUUCCAAUUUCCCUCACUCGGAACAUGAAGUUACACCUAUCCAGGUUGUAACUCUGAAUCGACCCGACAAACUCAAUGCAAUUACCGGAAGCAUGAUAGAUGCUCUGAUCGCCUUUUUCACGACCGUUGAUGUCGACAGUCGAGUCAAAGUGGUCAUUCUGACAGGCUCAGGCAGAGCAUUCAGCGCCGGAAUUGACCUGAGGCAGGACUACAGCCAGGAGAAGAACAAACUACGGCCUAGCGAAAUGCGGGAUCCUGGGGGUACACUGGCGCUUGUAAUGUUCAAUUGCAGUAAGCCAAUUAUAGUGGCGUACAAUGGCCUCGCUGUUGGCAUCGGCAUGACAUCUACUCUAGCAGCGACUAUUCGUAUUGCACCGCGCAACUCCGAAUUCGGAUUCCCCUUUUCAAGGAUUGGGCUGACAAUGGAGUCGUCCAGCUCCUUUUUCCUCCCACGCAUGGUUGGAUAUAGCAAUGCUACGUAUCUGCUGGCAACAGGGAAGCGAUAUCCUGCUCACUCGUCUAUCCUGCACGGCAUCUUUGCAGAACUUGUUCCUGAACCCGAGGAUGUUCUUCCCCGAGCCUUUGAGCUUGCGCAGGACAUAUUGUCCAACGUCAGUACCAUGGCAAUCCACCUGAACCGGCAGCUCAUUUGGCGGAACCCUGGUUCCGCGGAGGGCGCGCACCUUGUGGAUAGCCCUCUGUUAUAUGACAUGUUUGGUGGAAGGUAUGCCCCUAGCUGA